AUGCCCCACAUCCCCAAGCUCUCCUCCAUAGCCUUCGCAGCUAGAUUGACACGUCCCCAAACCACCUCUCCCCCCGACUCGCCAGCACCUGACCAGAACCCACACCUUAGGCCCGACCCGCUCGAGCCCAAUCCCACCCCCACGCACCGAAAAGCCAAGUCUGAACCACCAAGCUUCCUGUGCUCCCUCGCCAGAAUGAGCCUCCUAGCACAGGCCAUCGUCCCCGAGCACGCCACCGUGCCCAUGCUCCCCACUCCUCCCUCCAAGGAACCUGCGCCUGAGAGCAUCCUGAUUGCCUCCAAACCGGAUCCCGUCUCAGCCAACUGGUGGGCCGAGCUUGCGCGCUGUGACGGCGUCGCGUGCGCCGUCCAACCGCACCCUGGCGAGUCGCCGCGCCGCGCCUCGGUCGAUAUUGCGCCUCGCUCCGCAGCCCGCCGUGCACUGUUCUCCAAAGCCUCCUUCCCCAAAGUGCUUGACACGAUCAUCGCCAACGCGGACCACGCCGACCGACUCUCGCUCCGCAUAGUCUGUCGCCGCGUCGCUGAGCACACGGACGCAGCCCUCUACGCCGAUCUCACUGUCAACACCACCGGUUUCCACUGCGCUAACGGUAAACUCCCGCUCAUCAACCUGUGGCGUCGGCCCGACGUCGCUGGGGCUGUACGCACACUCACGAUCGCCGAUGAAUGGGACGACUGGACUGUUCUCGCCGACGUCUUCCCGGGUCUCGCCCCAGACGUGAUCCGCGUCCCUGCCCCAUGCCCACUCGACGUUCUUGGCUUGCAGGCGCCCACGACCGUGGUCUUUGCUGACGUCGUCCCAGCAACCACGGCCGACUGGCUUCGUGUGCACCAACUCCCCCUCCCCCUCGCCACGGGGGACGACAUCGACGACCUCGCUGGCCCUACCCGGCUCAUUUACACUGUCCGUCAUGGCGAUCCUGACCUCCUCCUCGUCGCAGUCCCCGAGAACUGGUCGCUUCCUGACUCUGUCCAGAACCUUGUCAUCCACAUCGGUCCGCACCCAGCUCCACACCCGGCUCCGAUGCCGGAGAUAUUCGACCGCGCUCACAUCGACGACGGAGCCCACACAUACCUCAAGCACGUAAACAGUAUCCGCCGUUCGUCCGACUACGGCCUAACCUCGUCUCCCCUCACCACAAUCAAGGGGGUUGAAUGGCUUCACGCCGCAAAGGGCCACCCGUGUUUCCUGGACCGCUUGGCCUCUGUGAUCGCAGCAAAUCUCCGCCCAGGUCGGAUGUUCACCCUCGUCGGACCAGAGGCGUGGGAUGAACGCUGGCUCUGCUCGACCCCAGGCCAGAGAACUAUCACGUACCGCUUCUUCUAUACGGUGGUGCGCCACGCUCGUCGCCACCACCGCUGGAAUGGCAAGUUUGCCGAGCGCGCCGUCGCCGAAGCUAUCCGCCUUAUUAGCGAGGACGAGUAUCGCGCCGAAGUGGGUGAGGAGACCUGGCGCCUCGAGACUGUCCUCGAGUAG